AAACACAUUUUCAAUCGAGAAGAUGCCACCGGACUUUGUCUCGUUUCUGGUGAUGAUCACGUCGACAUCGCCGCUUCAGAACAAAAACUAAAUGGCGCACAACAAGAAUACGUCUCAGCGCUUAGGGCGCUGAACCUAGAAGCUCGAAAUGUUAUUCGACGAACCAAUGCCCAAAUUGCAGUGUACAUGCGUGAUACAGAAAAUGCGCCAGCCGGCUGCCGUGAUGCAGUGGUUGCUGAGGUGUCAAAAAUGAUGCGCCGAGCCGGCAAAGAAGAG